AUGACCAUCACCGCCUUCGCCGUCCUCUGGGACUAUGGCCUCCUCCUCAUGCUCCUGUACAACAUGCGCCCCGGUACUCCCGCUUUCACCGUCCUGUCCACCGUGUUCAACCUGCUCUGCGCCGCCUUCGACAUCGUGUGCUACAACUUCAUGGAGAUCAUCGAGUUCUUCCUCAGCAUCCCCAUCGCCAUCGUCGUUGGCUAUCUGAACAUCGACCCCGCCGCCAUCAAAUAUGAUGUGCUUUACGUCCGGAACGCGUGCAGCCGUGCCGUUCGCGGCUACCUCGUUGCCCUACGUGAGCGCGCUCGCAAGAGCGUCGUCGCUGCCUGGCAUCGCGGAUGCGGCUACCUUGACUAUCAAUGGAAACUCCAUUGCUGGUACGCCGACAACAUCAAUGCAAUGAUUGUCGGUUCCAUCGAAGGCCGCAUUCGGGAGUUCACGAACGAGUGCAUCACGUUCAUCUACCUGACGCCGCCGCUGGCUGAGGUGUACAUGGCCGGCUGGCAGGCAUGGUUCUGGCUGCUUUGGAUGCGAGACGGCGCGUCUCUGUUGUUGUCGUACCUGCCUGCCUUCCAUGCUGCCUCGUCUCGCUCCACCUCUGCGACCGCGCAGUCCACGCCCAAUGCCAGUCGAUCGUCGACGCCUGUGUCCGACAACGAAGCGCCCGUGUCCAACUCUUCUCAACCUACCACCCCCGAGCCGCAGGCCUCUGAGCCGCAGCCAUCCGCACAAGACGAGUCCCCGCGCACAAACCCGGCUGCGCAAAGGGAGCGUGCGGAACGCCGAGAGCGUCGGGAGCGCAAGAAGCGCGAAGAGCGCGCUGCGCGCAAGAGGGAGGCUGACCUUCGGGCUGCACGCAGCAAGGAGGAGAGAGAACGCCGCCAGCUUCAAGAGCGCCUAGCACGGGAGGCGGAGGAGAGGCGCCUGGAGCAGGAGGAGCAGGAGCGCCAGAGGCAGAUGCGAGAGCAGGCCGCACGAGAGGAAGAGCGUCAGCGGAAAGUUCAGGAGCAGGCCGCCCUGGAGAAGGAGCGCCAGCGAAAAGCGCAAGAGCUGGCCGCGCUCGAGAAGGAGCGGCAGAGGAAAGCUCAAGAACAGGCAGCGCUGGAGAAGGCGCGCUCACAGAGCACUGCCGGCCAGUGGCUGAAGCAGGCCAUUGCCAAAGCUGCUACAGAGCAGAAGACUCAACCGCAACCCGUCGUACCCCUUGCUUCCGCCGGCACUGCAUCCCUGCAGUUGCCGAAGACGCUCCCGCCGGUCGUGCUGCAGAAAACCACCGGCCCUACCCUACCCUUUUCCCUCUCAGCUGCGCCAGUAAUGGCUGCCAACCCACCCCGCACCCCUACUACCGCAUCCACUCAACCACCUUCGCAAUCCACACCGCAACCCCAAGCCCCCAUUCUUCAGCAGCGUCCGGCGAUGAACCUGCAGCCACGCCUCGGUCAGGGUCAGAACGUCCCCCAGCAACUUCGUCCUCAGCCUCAGCAAUCCGCUGUCGGCACGCCCGCCGGCAGUCUUGCCAGCCCCAGUGGCCUGCAAGCCUUUCCUACUUUCUUCGCGAGUGGAACCGCCCAGCAACGUCCGGCAACGGGGCUGCCUUUCCCGAUCUCGACUUCCACAAGUGCACCGGCUGCGCCUGUCACCCUUGCCCCUCCUGCCUCGGCACCUCCUUCGCAACCUCAGCCGCAGCAGCAGCGGACUCCAGAGGAGAUCCGGCUGACUGUGUUGGCGCGUAUAGCUGCUCUGAAGCAGGAAGCACAGCAACUACAGACCCCAUCCCAAACUCAGCAACAACCUCAGCAGCCCAGUACACAACUCCCCAUGUUGUAUGCCCAGCCUACCCCGACUCCCACAGUCGCUGCACCCUCGGCCGCCAGUGGGCAGCCUACCCUUUUCCCCGCGAACACUCUUCAAGUCACUCCGUCGUCAAAUCAGACGGCCACUCACAACGACGCGUUCAGCGGUGCUGCAGUUGGCUCGUCUAUGCCUGCCUUCUCUUCUUCUAUCACCUCUAUCCAUCCCAUCAAUAUCCCCGAACCUCAGGCCGUCGCUGAGCCGAUGGAGAUCGACAUUCCGAUGCCAUUCAUCCACAACCCUUCGCCUCCUCCGCAAUCAGACCUCAUGGACGUUGAUGACAUUGAGAUGGAGGACGCUUGGGAAGCAGAUUGCUCUGCUACUUUGUCAUCCGAUAUCCUACCUCUCUCUGCGCCUCCUACCAUGGAAGUCGACGACGAAUUGCCGGAGUCGUGGCCUUCGCCAGUAUGGUUCCCACUCGCAACACCUCAGCCAUCGCGGCCAGUGACACCCGCACCGUUGUCGCCGCCACCGGCUGUUGUACGGUCUCCAGAGAUUGUGAUGGAGGUGGUGGCGGCACCACAGAACGCACCUGCUCCACCACCGGUAGCGACGCCGCCGAAACCAUCACCCCCUCGUCAGGUGACAACGCCAACCACGUUCAGUGUGCCUUUGAAGCCCACUAGCACUGCGGCGUCGGCCAGCAGCAGCGUCCCAUCAACCAACGGCACGACGCCUAAGCCAGCGCAGGGCCCUUCUGCCUCAACCCCACCCAAGGCGACCUCGAACGUCUCGAAGCAGCCUGCGAUUCCUGCGAAACCGACAGAUCCUUCCAAGGCCCCCGCGCCUGCACCUGCUGCUCCUAAAGCCGGCCCUUCGUCCAUCCCGCAGAGCUCCGCGCCCGCUAAGCCCAGUAGCGUCACGCCUCCUGCCUCGCAGGCAGUAAGUGGCAAGUCCAGUCCAUCUGCCUCUUCGUCGACACCAUCGCGGACGCCUGCUCCAUCCGGCCCAUCGAAAGCGGCCUCUCCGACAGUAUCUACUUCCACGCCUUCAGCGCCAACGACUGCCCAACCUGCGGUUUCCACUACGCAGAAUUCGCCCUUAUCGUCGCCGCCUGCCGCAUCGCGUGUUGACGCCGGUAGCGCAAAGGCCCCAGCCAAUACCUCCACGGCGAAGCCGCCCCUAAGGAAGUUUGGCUUUGCCUUGACAAAGAGGCCGACGGAGAAGAAAGAGGAGACCGAGGACAAACCGAUUCUGUUCAAGGACAAGCGCCAGUUCCCGCCGGAUGCCAAGAAGCCAGCCGGACCUUCGGUGGCAUCCUCUCAGAAUGCGGCGAAAGGGCAACCCGCCCCGACUCAGUCAAGGCCUCGUACGAGUAUCCUGCGACCUGCUUCAUCGACUUCAACGCCGACCUCUCCUGAUGUGAAGAUGUCCAACGCACCUUCUGCAGCAUCUUCCCUCUCACCCGCCCGGUCCGCGCCCGUCAAGGCCGCGUGCAACACGACUACCGCUGCCACUUCCUCUCUUUCUUCGAACUCCGCCCCCAUCACCAGCCCCGUCAUUACCGCGCUUUCAUUGCCCUCGUCGUCAUCGAGCACAAAGACGGACUCUGUUAUGGGCGAUUCAUCGAGCUCAUGCGCUGUGCCCGCUCCUUUAGUGCCUACGCCCACGCCGUCGACGCAGGCUGACAACAAUGGCGCUCCGGCCCAGAGGCGCAUACGCAAUCUGCCCAAAAAAAUUGGCGAUAAGGAGAUCGUCGAAUACACCGUCGCUACACCGAUCGUCGACCCGGGGGAAUCGCAACCCCAGAACGCGGAAGAUGAGCUAGAGAAAGCGGCCGACGCUGCAAGCAACUCUUCUCAGGCCAACCCCAAUCUCGCUCGGGCGGAUGCGAUGUUCGAUGAUGAUGAUGAUGAUGGCUUCACCGAUUUCGACCGGUUGGUCGGUGCCGCCGAUCCCGAUGCACCCGUUUUCGCCUCGCCGGCCAUGGAUCUAUCGACGGAUCCGACAUUCCUGGCUUUGACAAUGCCAAUGUCUUUGGAGACACUAACUCCUGCCGUGUCCCAGCAAGGGUUGGCGGCUUCCUCGACGUCCACGCCCACAAGUACUCAGCCAACGUACGCCUCGUCGUCCUCGCCAUCCUCAGCUCCCUCUGAUCCGUCAUCCUUCCCUCCAGGUCGACCGAACCCUAAGAUCCGUCUCGUGCCACUUGUACAUGAGAGGCCCGCAAAGAGCUCCAGUGCGCCUUCAGGCGAGGCCACCGACAUGAAUACUCUAUGCCUACGCCAGCUCUGGGACUUCAAGGACCGAAGGCUGCAGAACUUUCUGAUUUAUGGUGAUACAGAGGACCUGAUAUGGUAGUCCUUGGCUUACUGCGCACCCAAUACUCCAUAACUGGAACCGGCCUGUUGUCCCUUUACUCUUCGUCGUCCGGAGCAUCUACCUCUUGUUGCUAUCCUCGGUGUUUGACUGUCGUCUUGUACACUGUACUUAUUAUCACAUCUCUAGCCCCCCUGUUCUGUCAUCAUCCAUCUACUCUCAUCUACUGUAUCCCUACUCAUACCCCGUCUGUUGAUGUUGACUCAGUAGCUCCGUCUUGCCCCCAUUGCUCUGUUUCCGUCUUCUCCCCAGAUCUGUUCCGUUUCCUGCCCUGUUUCAACUGCUUCCUGCCUAGCACUGUAUCGUUACUAGUUUACACGUCUAGCUGUACUCGCUGUCUCCGUCAUUGUAUCGCUGUGCAUAGUUGGAAAAGACUUUAUCGGGCUCA